CGUCUAAUUUCGAUUUGAUUUAAUAUACUUCGUGAAAUUAUCGUCAGUAUUAAAAUGUUUAUUAUUCAUUCGUUCGUAUUAAAAUCAGCCCGGGAUAAUGGAAAAUGUUCAUUUGAUCUUGUUCUAGUAUAAGAAAGGAUAGGCGAAAUGAUAUCAGAAGAUAUUUGUGUUCUAUUAUUUGUUCUUUGUUCAUCCUUCACCAUGUGUGUGGGAGCAUACAGCUGCGAAGAAAUUUUGAAUGGAUUUAAAACGAAUGCUACAGUUUGGGAAGUAAAUGCGUGUUACAGGAAGCAAGAAGAAUUCAAGAAUGGCCUGAUAGAACCAAAUAUUUCUGUGUUUCUCAAACAAGCUGGACGACAAUGCUCCACAAACAUACUACGUGACUGCCCUAGUACAUGCAUCUGGUAUAAACGAGGAUCAAAUGGUUGCGCAACAUGCAAAUGCGAUUACAGAGGAAAUAAUGGUUUGUUCGAGUCUGAUAUUCGACUGAGAAAAACAUCGAUUGUACAACUGAUGAACAUGUUGCGAGGUGGUUGGAGUCGGGCCGGAUCCGGAACUCACAAUCGAUGGCCGUUGGAUAGAACCAGUGGACAUUACAUCAUACCUUAUGUUUUGACGCCGUACCUAGGCACAGCGGCUAAGUCGGCAAUUAAUGAGGCAAUUGAAGAAAUCGAAAGUAAAACUUGCAUUCGAUUGAAAAAGAAAAACAACGAAGAGAAUUAUAUUGAAUUUAAAGUUGGCCGAGGAUGUUGGUCCGAUGUUGGAAUGCACCAAGGCGCUAACCAGAUUUCUAUAGGACGAGGCUGUAGUAAUAAAGGUAUAGUUGUUCACGAAAUCAUGCAUUCCAUUGGAUUUUGGCACGAGCAUAGCAGACCUGACAGAGAUAACUAUAUCAAAAUUGUUUAUGAGAACAUUGAUACAGACGAUUUGGAGAAUUUUCAAAAAUUCUCCAGUUCCGAAGUUGUAUCAUAUGGAUCCAAAUAUGACAUAGGAUCAGUUAUGCACUACAGUAGCACAGCAUUUUCUAAAAAUGGCUUCCCUACUUUGUUAGAUGCAACUGGACAAGAAUUACAAACUCAGAGCAAGGGACUAUCGUAUUCCGAUAUUGAACAAAUCAAUAAAAUGUACCCCUGCCAUUCAAGUUCCAACUACUUUUCAUCAUAUUUUAGAGGUAAACGAGAGACUACAUGCAUCGAUAGUCGUCUGGACUGCAAAAAUAUAAAACUUAUGUGUAAUUUACCGACUCUUAGAAUUGCACUGAAAAAGGAAUGUCGUAGGACCUGCGGAUAUUGCUGACAAGAUCGUAUGCAGUGUGAAAUUAAUAACGUUUGCAAAAUGCAUUCGUCAAUUGAAAUGAACACUAUCGAAAGACGAUAGCGUGUUCAAAGUUUCAUGUUUAAAGUUUGUUCGAAGCAUACACGUCAUCAAUGACUAAUACUCAAACAAAAAUAUCAACUCCUUGCACGGAUGAGAGAAACGAUUUCAAGUCAAGACUUUUGCAGACAAAUUUAACUCCACCACGACCAGAA